CUGCUCCCCUGCCCAGACACCAGCAGCAGCCGUUAACACAGCACAGCCUGCUCUCUGUGCAUUCGCAUUGGAGGCAACACAGGAUACACGCUUACACACACACAUGCGCACACUCAUAAACACUUACACACUCAAUCAUAUCUCAAACUGGAGUCGGAGUGAGGAAACAGAAUGUCAGGGAAGGAAGCGCUGAAGCCAGUGGGAAAGCAGAAUUUUCCUCAAGUCUUCAGAGCUCUUUUCUGACCCAGCCGACAAGAGGUCUCAGGAAGACAUUUGGGUUCACGAGAGCGGGCAAAUAUCUCAUGGUGUUUUUUUGGAAAUAUUCCAGAACACAAAAAGGAUUGUAGAUUUAGUUGAGUAGUUGUAAGCUCACUUGGAUACCACUCUCAAGAUCUGGAUUUUAAAAAAAGAGAAGCCAUACAUCAGGAGGAAAUUCUUUAAAUUCUCUUUGUCUAAUACCAUUAAACGCUCUCCAGGUUCUUCAGAGUCCCAUCCUCCACAUCACCAGGUCUAUCUCACAAUGAGCCUCUCACGGAAUGGGACGCUGGAGAAGAAUGUGGCCGAGCAGCCCCAGUCUGAGCGGGGCUCCCCCUCCAGAGCGGGGUCAGGGGUCGUGGUGCCGCCUCCAUACUCUCUGGGCGGCAGUGAAGCCGCUGACACCCCGCUGGAGUUAAGGGGCUCAUUAGACUGCUGGGCAUGCUCGGUGCUGGUCACUGCACAGAAUCUGAUCAUAGCACUGAUCAACGGCGGGCUGGCCAGCAUAAUUUUCGGCAUCAUCCUCACCCCUUCUCUAGUCAUGAUCAUAUUCGGCUUCCUCUGCCACUCCACGGUGCAGCCCCACGGCACAUCUCUGUAUUGUUCAGACAUUCUGGAUGACGGCGGCUGUGUGGCUCUGCUGGUAGUGGGCUUUCUGCUGCUCACCCCUCUGCUGGUCCUGGCUCUCGCCGCCUUCUGUCGCCUGGCCCGACACCUCCAGCUGGGAAUGUGUUUUAUUCCCUACAGCCGUGCCGUCUACAAGAACCUGCCCGCCUCUCGCCACAGGAGGGCCGAUGCAGGAGGCUGCUGCGGCCAGCAGGGAGCUUCAGAGAGGGAGGGGAAGGGGAGUGUGUGGGUGUAGGAGCAGAGAGGAGGAUUGGAUAUGGUUUGAUAUGAAUCCCUGUUUAAUGAGGAGGGUGGCCUGGCUUCUUUUUUUAAAUUGUUUUACCUAUUUGCCUCUGUCCUUUUUAUUUUGUUGUACAAAGCCAUCAUAUUGCAUUGGUUGUUUUGAAAUCAAUAUUGCUUUUUGUUAACAAUUCAAUGUAUUGAAUGUAUUUCAUACCUUUUUACAAUAAAGUGUCACUCGACCUAAACAACUGAAA